GAGAACAAGGAGAACACUCAGAUAGAGAAGAAACCUAAGCUUGAAUCCAUACACAACAUUCAAACUCUGGUAGAGCUCCAAGGUCGAAGGCUCCUCCUUCACCAGGCUCCUUGGCAGAGAAAUAUCCCCAAGCGACGUAUGUGGCAGCUGAACUUCGAGAGCUUUCUUCUCGAUGUGGAAGAGGCAGGCAAAAAAGUGACAGAGAUCCCCGAGGAGCACUGGCCGUUGGUUGCUAUGUUAGGACAUGAAUCCUCCGCUGCUACAGAGGUUGUCCUUGCUAGACAAAUCAGGUCGGGUCUGGCCACAAAAGAGCAACAAGACCUCAUCGACAUGGAUGCCGUCCUCGGCCUGAUACCGAGGUUGUUCCAGCAGAAACACUACGGAUUCACUCGAGAGGACUUCCCAGUUACGCCUCGCAAGCUUCCAGUGUCACUUCAAAUAAUUCGAUGGGAGGUCAGAGAGAUAUCUGUGUAUCUUCCGACAGACCAGGUAGAGGUUGUACGCUCUAGGAUUGCCAUAUACGAGAAGGCCAGGCAGCAGUGCUUGCGGAUUUUAGAAAGCAUGGAUGACAUAGAAAAAUUGGAAUUGUUAAGAAGUGAGAAAGCGGAGAAGGUGACUGGUAAAGAUAAGGCGCCUGGUAUGGAAGACGUGAGUUCACUUCCCGGCACAACAGAGAAAGCUCGACGGAUCAAGCAUGAGGAACGAGAAGCGAAGAGACUGGCGCUAGCAGAGAAAAAGGCGUUACCGCAACACGUCUCCCCACCCGCAGAGAGCGACUUUCACAAGACUUUCAAACCUGUCGCCGUACGCCCUAAUAUAGUCUGGGCACCCAUCAAUCGCUGGCUAGUGAGUAGACGGAGUCGAACAAACAACGACGAUAGCGAACCGGCGGAUGACGAUGGGUAUGUCGCCAAUUGGGGUCCGGCAGUGCACUUACUGAAUCAUUCAGAUUUCAUCGCCGAUCACCUGAAAAAGCAUCGCAUCAGACCUUUCAAGCCCAGAUCACUGCUUCCGCCCGGACUCAAAUCUGGUCCAUUGUACGGUUCCGUGGCUGACAUCUGGGCGGCUCAUCAAGAAGCUGCCGACCCGCGUAAAGUCCUCAAUCAACUUUGUAGCAGACACAAGUUCCCUUGGAAGACAUUAGCUUUCGAUCAGCAGGUUCGACCACCAUACAGCGGCACAUGGACGAAGAAAUCUUUGGUUGUUGGACCUAGGACGCCUUUCGCACAGGACCCUAUCUUCGAUUACUCCUACGAUUCUGGUGACGAAUGGGAAGAUGAUGAAGGUGGUGAAGACGUAGACGACUUUGCUGAGGAAGCUGAGGUUGAUGGAAGUGAAGGGGAUGACGAAGAUGAUGAGUUUGACGAUUGGCUUGAUGAUUCCGAAGACUUUGGUAUACAACCCAUGCCGGCUGAUGACGAAGUUUUCGUCGCCAGUCCGAAAAAGUUGGAUCAGAAGCUCUUACCUAUGAAGGUCGUGAAGAAGAGUAGGGAAGUACCGAAGAAAGUAGCCAAAAUCACCCCUUAUUGGCGUGGACCAGAGUGGGAAAGACAAAUUGGGAAAGGAACAGAUGGUUUAGAGCCUUUCCGUUUAGAAUUGCUCAAUGAAACACCUUCUACAAUUGAUCCUUUCACUUUCACCUCACCUUCACCAGCUCCUACAUACAAAACUUCUUUCUCUACAAUCGCAAUAGGACCAAAUCUCAACGUCCGAUGUCUUUAUUCGGCAGAACAUAUCACGACCCCUGUCCCCGCUCUCCCGGUAAAACAACUGAGUAACACAACGACGAUCAUGAUGAACGGUGCGGGUCCUUCCAAACGCUUUACAGGACCUAAAGUCGCUUUUCCCGCGGAACAACUAGGGGAAUUGUAUCGAUUGGUACAUGAUAACCCACGUAUCCGAACCGAUCUCGUUUCCCAGCUCAAGGCUCAUUUUGGGGAUACAACUACGAAAGCGGCGAUAGAGCAUAAAGUGAAAGAGGUGGCGGUGAGAGAAGGAAAAACUAAGGAUAGUAAGUGGAGAGUGAGAUCGGAAGCUUGGGUAAGUUCCACGUCUUCCAUGAACAUCUACUUGAUCUACCUCGUUGGGAGAUAUGAGCUUAUGAGCAGCUCGCCGCUGGGUUACAACCACCCACUGAGCAGUCUUCGACGGGAGUAUGAAUGUCACGAGUACUUUUACGAUACAGGAUCAUGA